AUGCAAAAUACAUUUGAACAAAAUCACAUUCUCUUCGCUUUGUUAAUCGCGUGUUUAGUUCAUGCGCAUUGCCACAAUACAUACGGGCCUUUCAAUUUCAAAUUGUUCCAGUUCGAAAGCGAAACACGUGUUCGUUUUACAAAAUUAGGAACGGUCGCUGCGACGAAGGCAUGGAUACAAUUCUAUGUCAAACAAACUGAUUUACUGACUACUCUCUUCAUGUUUCAUAUAUACUAACUACCUUCUUUAUACUUUACGAGUGUAAUUUCGACCAAUCGCGGUCGACCAUUUCUAUCGUGCGUUAUUGUACGUCUAGUGAUUCUCUAAACGCAAAAGGACUCGGGACAAGAUCGGCCCCACGAUGCGCGAGUGGCGACAAAUUUCAUCAAGUUUCAUAAUGAAAAGUAAUAAGUAGCUGGAAUGGUCGCAUGGUUCGCCUUCAAACUCCAAUUAACACCUAUUGUUCUUUGUCGUAUUGGACAUUGUUUACUUGAUCGCGUUGAUACGACAUCCGGGCAGGGAGGAGCAUCUCAACGCUAUUCCACUUUGUAACAGUCGAGCUAUCAUAACAUAAAAUGUCAUCGUUAUUGUCAGGUUUCCUCGCUCGCGGUGAGCUUGCAAUCCUUGCGGACUUCCUACCCGACAGACAGUCGAUUAAAACGAAGCGGUGGUGGGGCCUGGAAGAUAGUCAAUGCCUCGUGGUCUGGUCGCCUUUCAGUGUCGGCUGUUCUUCUCGUCCGGGAUGAUUCCUUCGACUCUUUCGUAGUUUCUCUGCUUCUUGACGUCUCUAGUUUCUGUGUUUGUUGACGUCUCUAGUUUUUCUGCUUCUUGUCGCCAGUCAUCGAGUAUUGUGAUUCGUAUUUAUCAGUCGGAGACUUUCUUUAGUUUUGUUUCGACCUGAGUCUUCGAACUGUAACUCGUAACCUCUAUUGUUUCGCGUGUAUUCUAUUGUACUGAGUAUUUAUUAUCGUUGCGUAGAUUUGCGUAUUUCAUCGCCAAGAAUAGAAUCUACGAUAAAAAUUUUAAUUGGAUAAUCUUCAAACUUAUUACAUUUUGAUUCGUUCAAUAAUCUGUUAGAUUAUUUUACUUGAGCAAUGAGAGUGGGCAAAUUGAUAGUGUUGAUUUAUUUGCGCUCGCCUUCGUAUCAUUUGUAGUAAGAGGUGAACCAUUUAAAAGCAUAAACGUUGCUGUGGAAAGUAUAGGUGUGCUCGUGGCACCGAACUCAUUACUUCUUUGGAAGUUGAUCCGGGAUUUAUCGUUUCGGUGUAAAUACUGUCGACAAGAGCGGACAUUGAUCAAGAAGACUUGAAUUGGCCACGUGUUUCGACGCUGUGUUCCACGACCAGAUACUUUUCAAUGGAACAGCUAUCAACCGGCAUAAAGAUGGAAGACUCACAAAGAUACGAAGAUCAUACCAUAUAUAAGACACGAUCACCCUGCAGCCUGCGAAAACUGAGAGACCUGGUGCCGGCACGGGUGGUGCUCUAUAUGCUGUCGUUCUCGGGAUUCACGGUCUCGUUCAUGAUGAGGAACGAUAUCAACAUCGCCAUGGUGGCGAUGGUGAAACCACCAUCCACGACAUCGGAUACCAAUGUUACGGUGACGUCCCAGUAUUGUUACGUAACGCCGAGCACAUCGUUCACCAACAACAGCACACCGAUCAGACUUGAGGAUCAAGGGGAAUUUGAUUGGAGUCCAACCAUACAGUCAGCCAUUAGUAGCUCAUUCUACUGGUGUUAUAUCCUGUCACAAGUAGUCGGUGGCGUGUUGACGCAGUACUUUGGCACGAAGACAGUUUUUGGUGGUUCGCAGCUGAUCACGGCGAUCUGUAGUUUACUGAUGCCCUCUGCAGCGGAAAUUCAUUAUGGGGUUAUGAUCGCGCUGCGUAGUAUACAGGGCAUUGCUAGUGGACUCACGUGGCCUGCGAUGUACGCCAUCGUCGGACACUGGAUUCCUCCAGUGGAACGGUCGCGUUUCAUGUCUUCCUUCCAAGGGUUCAGCUUCGGCAUUGGGAUAACCUAUCCACUGUGCGGAUUCAUCAUCGCGCAUUUUGGAUGGAGAGCGGUCUUCUAUACGACCGGCACCAUCGGUACCGUCUGGUGCCUUUUCUGGUACUUCUUCGCCUUCGAUACGCCAGCUGCGCAUCCCAGAAUAUCUCAGCAGGAGCUACGAUACAUACAAGGCAGCGUAGUAAAUCAAGUUCACGCAAGCGAGAGCAUGCCGGUUCCGUGGAGUUUCAUUCUCAGAUCCUGGCCAGCAUGGUCUAUUGGGAUUACCACAUUCGGAAGGAUAUGGGUGCAUUACAUCUUCAUUAUAUCUGGACCAAUGUACAUGAAGACAGUCCUAGGAUUCAGCAUCCAAGCGAAUGGAGUGCUGUCUGGUUUACCGUUUAUCUGUAGCUACUUCAGCUCUGUUGCCUUCUGUUAUAUAGCUGACGUUCUCAUGACGCGACAGAUUUUGUCGUUGACGAAUGUCAGGAAAGUUUUUACCGCCUUUUCGCAAGUAAUUCCCGGAAUAAUGUUAGUGUUGAUCGGCUACCUGGGCUGCAACAUUGUUCUCGUUUUAGUGGUGUGGUUCAUAGCUGUUACUCUGAUCACUGCUGCUUACGCAGGGGCGAUGGCCAACAUCGUCGAUAUCGCACCAAAUUUUGCUGGUCCAGUAUUAGCAUUUGCACAGACAAUUCACAUGACCGCCAGUUUUUUAUCUCCGAUCGUGGCUGGUCUUCUCACAGAAAAAAGCCAAACUCUCGACGCUUGGAGGCAAGUGUUUGGGGUAACUGCAUGCGUCGCAUGUGGCACUUAUAUCGUAUACCAGAUUUUCGGUACGGGUGACAUCCAAGCAUGGAACUAUCCCGACCAAAAGUAUCCACAAUCCAUUCAAGAGGAUUCUCAGCCUUUAAACGAAUCACCGGAAAAGAACGGGAAAAUUGUCAAAUCCCGAUCAAAUACUUCUGAGGAAGCGUAACGUAAUCGGCGUUCACUCGUUGAACAGAGAAAGAAAGCACGCGAGCUAUGUUUCAGAUUUUGAACAGCUAUAAAUAUGUACUCUUUUGGUUGGUUCUUGAAUGAGAGGCAAUUUAAGAUUAUAUACAUAUAUAGGUACAUACGUACGUAUAUAUAUGGGAAAUAUGUCUAUUUUUUUCGUAAUAUUUCUGUAUCUAUGUAAAUAGAAUUGGUAGUUGGUCCGCAUCGAGAGAGAAAUGAUAUAGCACUCAGGGUAAUAUACGUUGUAAUGUUUCAAAGAAUAUUUUUAUGAAAAUGUGUCGAAUAAUGCGCAAACGCUUCGGUUCUCCUCGCUCCUUCUUGCGUUUGACUUUACGGAAAGUUGUAUGCCAGAGUGAAAGCACAAAAGCGAUAUGUCGAUCCACAUCAGCUUCAGUUCUCGCGGUCAGAAAUGAUCAUUCUUUCUGCGCAUCGUCUCUGUGAUCAAAUUUUUCCUUUGUAUCCCACCUAUCGGGUGAAAUAGAUCUCGUCCAAGCAACAGUUUCUAAAAUCAAAACUGGCGAAAAUGUAAUAUUCAUUUGUCAGUCUCAAACUAAAAUGUUUAUAUAUAGAACAAUAAUUGAAUUCAAUUUGCAACUCUGAAUUGAAGUUCUUGUGAACAGAAGACUGAUGUUACUAGAUUUUUUGAUAAUAUACGAGCUUGCCUAAUUGUUUGGAAACCGUUGCUCUUUACAUUCGUACUUGUUGAAAUAAUUCUCUCUACUUGAGACUUGAUGUUGACUUAACUGUGAAGUUCAUAACUUUGAUUUUCUUUUAUCAUAAAGAAUAUUAUCACAUGCUCUAGUGGAUUUUACAUCGUUCCGUCGUAAAAUCGUUCAACUGUAAUUAAGAAAUUAUCGUGAUAAGUAAUUUCGCUCUACAACUUUGCCGGUGAUAUUUUAGUAACCUGUUAGAUAUAAGGAAAGAAAAUAAGCUGUUUCUAAAAAUUUCUUGUAAUUUGUACUUAUGCAGUGUUCGCAGGAGCGUCACGAAUGUUGAACGUUAGAUACACCGUGGAAUAAAUGUAGUACAAUGUGUAAAAUGAAAAAAGGGAAGACAGAAGAAAUUAUAUACACUAUACUAAUUGAUGCCUUGCAAUCAGUACACGGUUCUCGUUUCCUUUCAUUAAAUGAAUUUAAAAAUGGUACUUGCGUUCUACGAUAUGUUAGUUUCAUCACUUUAUAUCACUUAACGUUUUACUAGUCACAUUUCACUGAAAAAGUUUAACAUUUAAAAAAAUGGAUAUGUAUUCAAACAAGGACAAAGAAAGGAAAAAAUGCUAUGUAAAAGAACAAAUUUGUCGCGCUCUCUUUUAGCUUGAUACUUAAUGAUUCCAUUCGUGUAAUGUAUAUCUUAUUAAGGGACGAUAUUUUGCAAGUAUUGUAAUUUUAAUUACUUUUAUAUUGGUGUCGUUUAGAUUACGAUGAGCCAUACUUCUUUCUUUCUUAUUUAUAAGUACAUUAAGUUAAACACGAGUACUUAAUCUGUAGGGAACGAGUAAUUAAAAAAUACAUAUUACAUACUUUGCGCAAAAUUUAAAGAUUAUAUAUUGCGCAGAAACAUAAAAUGAAAGCGGCCCCUCGUAUUAAUACGUGUACAAAAUGAACACGAACUACACGCGUAGAAAAACAGCCGCUUUAUCUUCUAUUUGAGAAGUGAGUAACCUACGUAUACGUUUUCGUGUUUCUCGUGUGCUAUUGGCGCGAUCGGAAAUUGUAAUUCCAGAAUUGUUUGUAAUUUAAAGUUGAGUCGACACACUGUCCGCAUGAAACACAGCAUGCAUAAAAUCUCGAUAAUUUUGGUCUUCAAAAGUUUUGAUAAUAUCGAUGGACCAUGAGCGUCUUUUUUUUAAGCAAAUCACAUGUUAUUUUGUAAGCAGAUCAAUCGAUCGCCACGAAAUUCAUGGCACGAAUUAUUGAUACAGAUAUAAAAAUAAAUGAUAAAAAUAUAUGAUUACAUAUAAUUUCAGUAAA